AUGCUUCCCACGACAUUGCAGCAAGGCCUGUACGGCCUGUUUUUGUUUGCGACGGCGGCCCAGGCCCUUAAGUUCGACCUGCACCCGACCAACGGCCAUCCACGCUGCAUACGGAACUUUGUCACCCGCGACACCCUUGUGGUCGUGACGGCAACUGUCGGCGGCCACAAGGGCGACGGCCAGGUGGUCAACAUGCAUGCACAACAGAUCAAGGAUGCUGUCGGCAACGAGUACGGCCGGGCCAAGGACAUUGUCGGCGAGAAGCGGACCGUUUUCACGUCGCACGCGGACGCCGCAUUUGACAUAUGCUUCGAGAACAACCUCGCGCACCGCGGCGGCGCCGACAGCUUCCGCCACAUUGAGCUGGACGUCGACAUUGGCGCCGACGCCAAGGACUGGGCCGCCAUCCAGGCCAACGAGAAGCUCAAGCCCGUCGAGACGGAGCUGCGGCGCAUCGAGGAGAUGCUCAACGAGAUUGUCGGCGAGAUGGAGUACCUGCGCCAGCGCGAGCAGAAGCUGCGCGACACCAACGAGAGCACCAAUACGCGCGUCAAGUGGUUUGGCUUUGGCACCACGUUCCUGCUGAUUGGCCUCUGGGGCUGGCAGAUCAUGUACCUGCGCGCCUACUUCCGCUCCAAGCAUCUUAUUUAA